UAAGCUUCUCGGGUCUCCCGGAAGAGGCGGAAGAAAAAGGAAAAAAAGAAAAAAGGCUUGGGUCGUGGAGGGAGGAGAAGAGAUUUGAACAAGCCCGCUCUGGACACCGGGCCGCCUCCUCCUCCUCCUCGGGUUUCCUCCUGUUGGAUAGUCAACAAGAACAAUGUUCUACGCACAUUUCGUCCUCAGUAAAAGAGGGCCUCUGGCCAAAAUUUGGCUAGCGGCCCAUUGGGAUAAGAAACUAACCAAAGCCCAUGUAUUUGAGUGUAAUUUGGAAAGCAGUGUGGAGAGUAUAAUAUCACCAAAGGUGAAGAUGGCGCUGCGAACUUCAGGACAUCUUUUACUGGGAGUCGUUCGAAUCUAUCACAGGAAAGCCAAAUACCUUCUUGCGGACUGUAAUGAAGCGUUCAUUAAGAUCAAGAUGGCUUUCCGGCCAGGUGUUGUUGAUCUUCCUGAAGAAAACCGCGAAGCAGCUUACAACGCCAUUACUUUACCAGAAGAAUUUCAUGACUUUGAUCAGCCGCUGCCCGACUUAGAUGACAUCGAUGUGGCGCAGCAGUUCAGCCUGAACCAGAGUAGAGUGGAAGAGAUAACCAUGAGGGAAGAAGUCGGGAACAUCAGUAUCCUACAAGAAAAUGAUUUUGGUGACUUCGGAGUGGAUGAUCGGGAGAUAAUGAGAGAGGGCAGCGCUUUUGAAGAUGACGACAUGUUGGGAAGCAAUAAUGCUUCCAACCUCCUGUUGGAACCCGAACAGAGCACCAGCAACUUGAAUGAGAAAAUCAACCAUUUAGAAUACGAAGACCAAUAUAAGGAUGAUAAUUUUGGAGAAGGGAAUGAUGGUGGAAUAUUGGAUGAUAAGCUCAUUAGUAAUAAUGACGGUGGUAUUUUUGAUGACCCACCUGCCCUCUCUGAGGCAGGAGUGAUGCUGCCAGAACAACCUGCGCAUGAUGACAUGGACGAGGAUGACAAUGUAUCAAUGGGUGGGCCUGAUAGUCCCGAUUCAGUGGAUCCCGUUGAGCCCAUGCCAACAAUGACUGACCAAACAACGCUUGUUCCAAAUGAGGAGGAAGCAUUUGCUUUGGAACCUAUUGAUAUAACUGUCAAAGAAACAAAAGCCAAGAGAAAGAGGAAGCUAAUUGUUGACAGUGUGAAAGAGUUGGAUAGCAAGACAAUUAGAGCCCAACUUAGUGAUUAUUCUGACAUUGUUACGACUUUGGACUUGGCGCCACCCACCAAGAAGUUGAUGAUGUGGAAAGAGACAGGAGGAGUAGAAAAGCUUUUCUCACUACCUGCUCAGCCUCUGUGGAAUAACAGACUACUAAAGCUCUUUACACGUUGUCUUACACCACUCGUACCGGAAGACCUGAGGAAGAGGAGGAAAGGAGGAGAGGCAGAUAACCUGGAUGAAUUCCUCAAAGAAUUUGAGAACCCAGAGGUUCCUAGGGACGACCAGCAACAGCAGCAGCAACAGCAGCGCGAUGUCAUUGAUGAGCCGAUUAUGGAGGAGCCAAGCCGCCUGCAGGAAACCAUGGAGGCCAGCAGGACAAACGUGGAUGAGUCAGCCAUGCCCCCACCACCCACUCAGGGAGUUAAGCGGAAAGCUGGGCAAAUUGACCCGGAACCUGUGAUACCUCCUCAGCAGGUAGAGCAGAUGGAAAUCCCCCCUGUGGAGCUUCCCCCUGAAGAGCCUCCAAAUAUCUGUCAGCUAAUCCCCGAGUUAGAGCUUCUCCCAGAGAAAGAGAAGGAAAAAGAAAAAGAGAAAGAAGAUGAUGAAGAAGAGGAGGAAGAAGAUGCUUUGGGGGGUGACCAGGAUCAAGAAGAGAGAAGGUGGAACAAAAGGACCCAGCAAAUGCUCCAUGGUCUUCAGCGUGCUCUUGCUAAAACUGGAGCUGAAUCUAUCAGUUUGCUUGAGUUAUGUCGAAACACGAACAGAAAGCAAGCUGCAGCAAAGUUCUACAGCUUCUUGGUUCUCAAAAAGCAGCAAGCUAUUGAGCUGACGCAGGAAGAACCGUACAGUGACAUCAUUGCAACACCUGGCCCAAGGUUCCAUAUUAUUUGAAGAGCUAAAAGCAUUAUAGCUAGUGUUUAUUUCACUAGUGCGUCCAAAUUGCCCCCAUGUGUAGGGCACACAAAACCCUUUCAGAAAAUUUAGGUUUUUGUCUGUACAAAGUCUCUGCCUUUUUCUUUCCUUUUUUUUCCCCCCUAUUAUGUUAGGUUUAUCAAUUUCAUUUUUAAAGGAAACUGCUUUAAUGAGCUGUGUUUGUGCUGAUGGAGAAAACAGCGCCCCAGGGACCCAGAAGACUAUUUAAACAGUUCAGGACACAACGUGUGCAAUAUCAGUGCAUGUAAUAAUGUGAGUAACAGUCAGAUGUCAUGUUUUUAUCUUAAUUCUCCAUCACUACAUUAAAAGUGAAAACCUGUCUAGAAAAAUGCCCGACAGGAAUAAUUUUUUAAAAGCCUUCCUGUCACAGUACGUGGGCAAUCUUGUUGACCACUGUGCGUGGGGACAGUGCCGAAAACAGGAAAGGCCAUUGUCUUGAGAUGUGUUUUAAAAUGUAACUCCAUAAUCAGUGUAUGUGAAACUGUAUUGUGGCUGCUCCCUGUCAGCCCUAAAAGAUGACUUGGUUGAAAGUGUUCUUUUGUGAAUCAUUCCAGUUGAGUCUUUGUUAUCCUGGAGUCUGUUGUUUUAGUGAUGCUCUAGAGUGAGCAGGCGUAAAACUCUAGAGUCACAUGACCAUAGGAAACAUUUACAGUGUCCCAGGAGCUCAAAAUCGGGAGUUUUUAAAAGAUAGUUGGAUAUACCCAUUUGCAUAUUCAGAUCAUGAACAUAGAAAUUGCCCUGUCUACCAAAAAGGCAGACAGCUGGGAAGUUAGACAUGUGGUUGACUUAACCUUUUAGCAGACAAUGCUGUAAAAACUAAUGGCUUCUCUGAUAUUUAUUAUAAAAGUUAGUACUGAUCCUUUUCCAAUGCCGCACACUCCUGUGUUUGGGAUUUUUUAUUAUAAUGGCUUUGCAGUUGAAAUCCUGUAUCUGGUUUCCUUUGAUUUAAAUGAAGAAAUAAAUACAUCUAAAUAAAGGCUUUAUUAACAGACCAGAAAACACCAGAAAUGAUGUGACUAUUGUGAUUAUCAAAUUAGGUUUUUAACUUUCUAGGACAGAGUUACACUGAGAGUUCUAGCUUAAGUGUUGGCACUUUUAUGGGAAAAAUAAUACUUCUCGAAACACAGACUUCAGUGUCUACCCGCUAAUUUAAAAUCAUGUGAAAUGUUUUAACUUUGUGAACUCGUAAUUACUGUUUUAAUGAUUCAGUUUCUCAAGAAUGGUAAUUGUAUAAAAUUGCUAUUGCAGCUUUAUUUUCAAUAUGAUGUGCCUGUAAACCAUGGAUUCCUUCCCUUUGUAAAAAGACAUUGUAGAUAAUUAAAUGUUUGAUUAUAGAAAGGUCAUUAGUUUGUUGUUACACAUUUUGUUGGUCUGUUUUUUGUUGCCUAUUGGGUUUAAUAUUGUUCUUGAAAAUAGUUAAGGCUAUGUUUAUGUAUAACUUUUCUAAUAAAAGUUGUGUUAUAAGCUGUA